AUGGCCGACCAUAUGUACGUUGAGCAGCUGACUCCACUAGACUUGGCUAUGCCGAGAACCUACAUUAGAGUUCUUUUGGUUUUUCAAACGGCGAUUUCGACGCUAGCAGUCACGCAAAGUCUCCAACACGGCCUUGACAAACUUUUGAAACAAGUGCCCUGGCUUUCGGGGCGAGUCUUUCCGAGUACUUCUAUGCAAAACAAAGCCUCUCUUGAGAUCCGAUUCAAUGCAGGCGAUACACCAACCCUGUUUGAUAAAGACUCUAUAGCGGCAACAUACACGACGUUGUCUUCUCAUGGAUUACCUAUGGAAGCCAUUCCGUCCGAAGUCUGGCCAGUACCAAGUAUGAUCGAUGAUGCUCUCUGCGCAAUGGGCGCCCCUGUUUUCGCCGCAAGCUUCUUUCGUUUUGCAGAUCAAAGUGUGGGCUUAUGUGUCUGCUUACAUCACAAUGCUGUUGAUGCCGCUGGAUUUUCGGAAGUUGUACGACUUUGGGCCCGAAACGUUACGGAAACCGAGUUUGAGUUCUCAGGUUCACCUCAAGGUCGACUUGAACGGGUUUCAACAGCCCUUUCACCUGAUCUUGGAGAGAUCUCGGCGCUUUCGUCUGAAAGUCUUUUCGCACUUCACCCAGAAUACUCCAGCGUACCACCUGCAAUGCCAACAGAAUUUGCUCCAUGCACAUCGAGGCUCUUCGCGAUUUCAAUUCACCGAAUAAAUGGCCUCAAGAAGACCCUGCGCAAGUAUAUGCCAAAUACACCAACUACAAAUGUUCUGCUGUGCGCCCUCAUCUGGACUACUAUUACCCGUGUUCGAACCAACCGCAAGCCAGCCCUUGAAAGCGAAACGAGCCGACUGGUGACAGCAGUCAAUGGUCGACAGCGCAUUAGCGAGCGGUUAUCCAUACCUGAGAAUCCGUAUUUUGGAAAUGCUGUGCUUUACUCCCUGACAAAGUGUCACGUUGGGGUUUUGACCACAUCCAAUGAGGAAGCAAUGCGCUCGCUUGCCCAGUUAUGUGAAUGCAUUUCUGAGUCGCAAUCACAAUCUACAAUCAACUCGCGUCGCAUCGCCGAGGUCUACCGCUUAGUAGAUUAUAUGGAAGAUUAUAGGUCUCUUUUCGUGGGCUGGGACCUAUUUGGAUCGCGUGAUCUCACCAUUACAAGCUGGGCUGAUCUUGACUUGUAUGGAAUGGACUUUGGGCCUAUGCUCGGGAAGCCGACGUUUGUUAGAUUGCCCUGUAUGGAAGCAGAUGGGGUGGCUAUUAUUCUACCGCGCCAGAGGGCUUUAUCUGAGGAAAUGCUCGAAAUAAUGGUCAUGCUACGCAGAGAUGAUAUGGAGUCCUUGGAAAAUGAUAGCAUGUGGCGGACUCUUGUCUCUGGGAAUAAGGUGUAUGGGGAUGAUAGUAAGGUUGCUUAA